AUGUUGGUCGUUCAUGCACCUUCGAAGCCCCCAGUAUUGGGAAGGAAUUGGCUCCAGUCGAUAAAUUUAGACUGGCAGUCUCUGUUUAUGGUGCAAGACAACCCACCUGACGUGAUUUCUGAAUUUGGUGAGUUAUUCCAAUCAGACAUGGGAACAUUUCGCGGAUACCAAGCGAAUAUCACGCUACAGAAGGGUGCAAUUCCUCGAUUUCACAGACCAAGACCCGUGCCAUACGCUUUACAGAAGAAGGUAGAGGAGGAAUUGGGCAGACGUCAGAAUGAAGGGAUAUUGAAACCGGUAGAUCAUAGUGAUUGGGCAGCACCCAUAGUCGUUGUAAGACGGGGAGAUGGAUCUCUAAGGAUCUGCGGUGACUACAAAGUGACAGUCAACCCGUAUUUGGAGAUGAAUACAUACCCGUUGCCAAAUCCACAGGACCUAUUUGCCACGUUAGCUGGGGGUAGAUACUUCUCAAAGCUAGACAUGAAACAGGCUUACCUAUGA